GAUUCUUCCAGUUUACCUGAGAAAACUGAUGUCAGAUACUCUAAAUACAGAAUUCAGAGAGAUUUUCAACAGUGUGGAGAUGAUACCAAGUACGGAAUCAAGAACUUUAAAGACGACAGGCCCAUUUUCGAAAGUUCCCACGCUCUUGCCCUAGAUCACGCAUCGGCUUGGCAGAACCGCAGUUACUUCCUGUCUGGUCCACGGUUUUCACACUUUAACCCCUUGCCAGCAUUUACCAAAAAAACCAUUUCCCCAGAUCCAGCUUCAAUCAAGGAAGAUGCCACAAGUUUACCAUUGAAUGGAACAAACCCACAGUCCAAGAAGGAGGAAUCUGAGAACAAAAAAUGCAAAAUGUAAUUUGCAACUUUACUUGAGUAUUUAACAAAUAAUAGCCUAUGGUCCUAUUGCUCUCCGGCUCAGAUUAUCUAAAGACACCAUGUGGUUUUGGCUCCCUGGAACUGCGAAGCAUUGGCUAACAUGGUAUUACAGUCAGUCUUUGUGAGUGAGAGUAAAUUUAACCAGUGGAGGUAAUAUCAACUUAUGAAGAUACACAGCUCAUUUAAAGGCAGCUCAUACCGACAGAGAAAGUGAUCAGUUUUGCUUUAUAUUUUCCCAUUUUUCAGUGUCACAAUUUUUCAACCCCACCUCGAAUUUAUAAUCGGUGCCUUUCAAAAAUGACUGGCGAAAAGGAGGAAGAGGAGUUCCCUCCAGGCAAAGGCUUCCAGCAGUUUAGAUUCAGGAGCAUUUGCACACGAUUAAUUCUUAAGUGUUUUCUCCCUAAUCAAUUCUCAUGUGUUGUAACAUGUUGUGUAGAUGCCUAUGUAAAAUUAGACUACCUUUUAAAUGCUUGUCAUCAUUCAUCUGUCAUCACAACAGUCUGUCACUACAUAUAUAUCUUAAAACUAUUCCAAUCAUCAUUUUUAAUUGCAAAAGAACUUACAAAUGAUAGCUGAAUCAUAGAACACUGUAAAGACUUCAUAACAUCAUUUAUUUAUUUGUCUUGUUGUAGUCAAAUGCCCCCCUGUGAUCACCCCAGUCACACCCUGGAUGAUCUUUGGUUUGCUCUGGUUCUGAUCCCAGCAGCCCUCUCCUGGGUCAGUGGGAUUCACUCUGCAAGAAUCCUUAUAUACUUUGGUGCUACCUGACUGCUUUUCACAUCCCAGCCUUUUCAACAUCAAAGUGUUUUUAAUACCUUACUGCUUUUCUGUGCCCAUCUACCAGUGAAGAAAAUUUUAUAUUAAAUUCCUAAGUAAGGGUCAUCAUCCAGGAACUGAGUCCUCUUGGGCUGUGGUGGAAGGACUCUGCACAGA